AUGAAAGAUACAAAAACAGUAUUGCCAAGUGUAAAUGGUGUUAGUGGAAAUGGAGAAAAUAAAAAUGGUUUUCAUCAUAAAAAUAAAAUUCAAGAGAAUGGAAAUGAUGAACAACAUAUAACAACAACGACAACAACAACAUUAAAAAAUGGUUUAGAUAGUGAAGAACUUGUUGGUGGUUGUUGUGUUUGUUCUGAUGAUCAAGGCUUUGCUAAUAAUGCUCUUGUUUAUUGUGAUGGAAAAGGUUGUACAGUUGCUUGUCAUACGGCAUGUUAUGGUAUUGUAUCAAUACCUGAUGGUGAUUGGUAUUGCGGUCGAUGUGAAGCGGGUGAUAUUCGAGCGCCUUGUCGUUUAUGUCCAACAGUUGAAGGUGCAAUGAAACGAACAUCGGAUGGUGGUUGGGCACAUGUUGUAUGUGCAUUGUAUAUUCCUGAAGUAUCAUUUGGUGAUGAUACAACAAUGGAACCAAUAAUUCUAUCAAAAGUUCCAUCAACACGUUUUGGACAAGAAUGUUCGAUUUGUAUACAAAAUGGACGUUCAAAAAUAAUUGCAACAAGUGGUGCCUGUUGUGAAUGUACAGCUAAAAAUUGUUCACAAGUCUUUCAUGUAACAUGUGCACAAGCUCAUGGUUUAUUAUGUGAAGAUGUUCGAAAAAAUAAUUGUCAAUAUCCAAUUUAUUGUGAACAACAUCGUCCAAAACUUUCUAAAUUUAUACGUCAAGUAGCAGCUUUUCAAUAUUCACCAAAUGCAUUAGCAUCACCAGAACAAUUAAAAAAACAACAUCCACUCGGAAAAGAAAAAGAAAGUCCAUCACAAUUAUCUGAUUUUGUAGCUGCUGCUGCAGCUGAAGCAGCAGAUAGUGAUACAAAUUUGCCCUCAUCAACAUCGAUAUUGGAUGAAACAAAUAAUCAAACAAAUACAAGUGACGAACAACAAACACCUGUACCACGUGUUUCUCAUAGUGUCGAUACAUUGCAACGAAAAUCGUCAUCAAAUACAAAUUCAUCUUUAUCAUCAACAUCAACCUCUGUUUCUCCUAUUGUACAACAAAAAAGUCAUUCACGUUCAUCAUCUUCAUCUUCAACGAAUUCAUCAUUACAAAAGAAAGCAAAAUUAAACGAUGAAAUGAAUCCUAAUAGAUCACUUAAUGAUCUUUCACAAUUUGUUCAAUUAAAUAAAGAAGAUCGAAGUUUUGUUCCACCACCACCCCCAGCAGCAGCAGCAGCAGCCACAUCGUCAUCAUUAUCAUCGAAUCAACCUGAUGCAAAAGAAGGAACAUUAGUGAUAACAAAAUCAAAUCCUUCAAUCAUAGAUACAAAAGAAACAACACCUGAUAGCUCAAAAGUAUCCAAACCAAAUGUCAAUCAACAAUCAUCAUUAAGCGUUGUAGAAGAAAAACCAUUAGCAUCUCGAUGUACCCUAUCUUCUACUAAUGAUAACGAUAAUAAUAAUAAUAAUAAUAAACCUAUUAUAAAACAACGUCAUUCAACUGAUACAACACCAACAAAUUCAAAAUCGAUUCCACGUAGACUUUCUAUUAAAUUAAAUAAAGAUGGACAACCACGUAAAAAACGUCAACAUUCAAUUGAAAGUGGCCCAACAAGACCAGUUGGUCGACCUCCAUCAAAAAAAACUUUAUUAGCUCAGCAAUAUACAAAUGGUGUAAAACGUCCAUUUUCAAAACCUCCAAUGAAUAAUAAUACAAAUAAUAUGAAACAUCAAAAAGUCAAUGAUACAUUAAUAAAUAUUCAACAAAAAUCAUCUGAAACUGAAAAUGAUAAUGAAAUUAAAUUAAAUUCUCGAUCAACAAAUUAUUAUCCAUGUGAUCAUUUUGGUAAUCAAAUUAAUUCAGAUGCUUUUAAACAAGAGGAACAUGUAGAUGAACAAUUACAACAAAUAUCAUCAACAGAUAAAAAUGAAGAAACAUCUCGUCAUCGUGUUCCAUCUUCUUCAACACCCUUACGUAUUGAUUUCUAUCCUCGACGACCAUUACAAGAUACAUCAACACAAUCGGCAACAACAGAUCAACAACGAACAUUUCCACCACAGACAUUAGAAGAAUUUCUUGAACAAGAAUGGGAAUCAUCAAGUGAUUUUCUUCUUCAACAAACUAUGCCACAUGAUGUGUCAUCAUUAUUAUCAUGUUUAUAUCAAUUUAAAUCUGAGAAUGCUGCUUUACAGAAAAAGUUUGAUGAACUUAAACAUCGUCGUGAUUCACUUCGAGUAACAAAUGCUAAUCUUCGUCGACGACUAUCAGACAUUUUAUCAGUUAAUGAAACCAUUCCUCCACCACCACCACCACCAACAACAGCAACGACAACAACAACAGGUACAACUGUUACUCAAGUAUCACCAACACCACCAUUACCACCAUCACUACCACCACCACCUCCUCUUCCUCUUAUUCCUCCACCACCUUCAGUAGUUUUGCCUGUUAUUCCACCAAGUCCACGUAAAGAACAACAACAACUUAAACAACAAAAACUUCUAGCUGAAUUAGAAUUACAACAACAAUUACAACAACAAAAAGCAAUAUCACCUACACGAAGACGUUUAUCAACAAAUACAAAUAAUCCACAUGCAGAUUCUUCUCAACAAGCAAUAAAAAAAAGUAAAUCACCACGUCAACCAAAUCCAUUAACACAUCAAUCCAUUCUCGAAAAUCAACUUCGACAAUCAGCUAACAAUAAUCUUAAUUCAACAAAAAAACCUAGCAGUACAACAACAACAACAGCAGCAGUAAUAGCUUCUAAUACUAAAAAAGUUCCUUCAUCUGAAACAGAACUUAUUUCUCAUCUUCCGUCAACAUCAACAACUUCAUCCGUACUUCCAACUACUGUAUCUUCAACUUUACCAUAUGAACAAAUUGAUGUAGCUGCAUAUACAUUAGCAAAAAAUGGACGAACACCUACAAAUCCUGCUAUUAGUCUUGAACUUCUUUCACAAAUUUUGGCUGCUAGUGGUGGUGCUAUGAGUCCUCAACUUUUUGCACCAACAUGGAAUAUUUCUAAUUUUGGUUAUGCCAAUUUUCCUGGCGCUAAUCCAAUGUCGGUUUCAGACGAAUCCAUACUACGUUCCUAUGCUCCACCAACACAUCCAUCACUUGAACAACAACAAUCAUCGGCGAAACAGCAACCAUGA